AUGUUCUUUAAUUUAAAUUCAACAAACGUCGAUGCUAAGAACUACUCUGCAGAAUUCUCAGUUGAACUGAACUCGCCAAAUUCAAUUUUCAAAAGCAUAUCUGAAGUAAUUUUUGUCUACUGGUGUGUGUUUUUACUCCAGUUAUUACAAGUUCCAGCUUAUUUGGUUAUUAUCGUAAGAUAUCAUUGCAUUCUAUUGAGUCACUUAUCCGCUGGAAGUACGCGUAUCUUGCCUUCAUAUUUUUUAUACAAUUGA